AGGCUUUCACUUUGGCGAAACGAGGGCGUUGGUACCAGGUACCAAACUGAUGAAAAAACGUAGUCGCUUUCUUGAGUCCUGACAAGACACUGAAGGACCUUCUCUUUGCGGAUCUACCGAAGAUAUUUAAGGAGAGCACUUCUUAAGUAAUGGCUUUUGUGAAGAGUGGUUGGCUCUACAGACAGAGCACAAUUUUGCGUCGAUGGAAGAGGAACUGGUUUGUCCUGUGGUCGGAUGGCUCCCUGAUGUUCUACAACGAUCAGCAAUGUCGUGACAUGGAAGAUAAGAUUCACAUGAAGGUGGACUGCAUCAAUAUCCGGACAGCUACCGCAUGUCAGGAGCUGACCCCACCAGAUGGCAAAAGCCGAGACGCGCUGCUGCAGAUUGUGUGUCGGAACGGACAGGUCAUCAGCAUCUGUGCAGACAGCGCGGACGAUGCCCUUGCCUGGACAAUUGCCCUCCAGGAUGCAAGAACCAACAGCAUUGGCUUUACAGAGGAGGUUGUUGCCUCUGCUCCUCCGGCUUACUCUGAAUUGGCCCCGUCUCCUCAGGUUUACUAUCCAGACCAAUAUGGAGGCUAUGUUCCUUACCCACCUGUCACACAAAUGGUAUACUCUGCAGAUGGACAGCAGCAUAUGGUGGCAUACCCUUCUCAAUACCAAGGACCUUACCCUCCACCCUAUGUGAACCAUGUCAUCGUUCAGCGUCGUCAUAGUGAUGACAGGGGGGACGUGGCUCUGGGAAUGCUUGCUGGAGCUGCCACAGGACUGGCUCUCGGUUCCCUCUUCUCCGUGUUUUAGUAUCCCGAUGGUAACUGCUCCCAAACUCCUCUUUGAAGUUAUCUUGCAUUGUUCUGGCAGAACAUGCAAUGCAGCUCUAACAUUUCAGCAAACUUGCUAGCCAUGAUUAGCUACAUGAUCCAUUGAAUUAGCUGGGCUGGGGGACUUGCUCUUGAUCUAUUUAUUAAUUAUUCACCAUCUGUCUUUGUACCAAGCCCUCCCUUUACAAAGCCUCAAUGUAGCUCUUCCUAUAUGGAGCGAUAGUAUGCACUUUGUUUCACUUAGGAGAUGACUCUGGGAUUAACUCUUCCCAAGAUUAUGGCCAGUAAUAUUAUUUAUUAUUAUAUAUAUUUUAAUGUAUUUUAUAUGGUAUAUUAUUAUAUGGCCUUCUGAAUGUGGUUCCAGCUACCUGCUGACACAGCCAUGUCAGCAUUGAAACUGAAGGUAUAGGCCGUAAUACAUUCAGUACACUGCUUUCCAUGCAUGUGAAAAGCAUUAAGGUCAAAUGUGCACUUACAGAAAAGGGUAUGUAAAGCACAGUGUCACUUCAGUCGGGUGGAAGACAAUGGAACAGAAAGAAGUUAUGAGCUGGUCAGAUGCAUUUCUAAUGCUCCUCAGAAUAUUUUUAAUGUGAUUAAUACAUGUGAUUAGAGUAACGACAAAAUA